ACGAAUCUAGCUUGAUUACUUGUUUCUCAAACUAACGGUGCGAUGUUGAUGUUAGAGAAAUGGUUUUGAACAGAAUCACAGUGAGGAAGUGGUCUCCCCUAGGAAAGGCUGACGAUCGGUAAUUUUAACGCUAAUGUUGUAAGAGGAAUGUGACGUUUUCAGCUCAGUUAAAAACUCGAGUCUCCGAGCUAGCUUGGCUAACCAAUCAAGCCUCCCCUCUUCUGUCAAUGGUGAAUCGAUUUGUUGGACGGAUGAGUUGUUGCCAGACAUUGUGUGUCAACACAGAUGUAACGUUACAGCCACAACCACUGAUUCAGUACGUUCUAAGACGGCCGCAUGGUGACAUUGGAGAGAAGCACACCAAGCUCAGACCGGUGUAAUUGAAAGUUAACAGCUCCUGACCUGUUAACGAUGUCAGGUGGUGCGAGCUUCAUGAGCAAGGUGCGGUCCGCCUUUAGGAAGGAGCCUGAGGACUGGGACCUGAGCGACACGGCACCCUUUGACCUCUCCGGGGACGAGCUCGCGGAGGAUGAGGCGCCCAAGUUCAACAAACUCAAAGUGGUGGUUUCCGGUGAGAUGGAGGACUACGCAGCAGGGGCACCGUCGAACGGCGUCGCGGUGAACACAGUGGUGGUGGGUGAUGACGAUUCGCUGCUCGACUCGUCCUCGGGGAGUUUGGGGAGCCCCGGUGUCAACAUGGACCGGUCGCAGUGUGAGAGCUGCACGAGGAAGAGAGAGGGGGUUAAACGGAGGAGAGUGAUGAAGAAGUUGGCGUGCGCCUCUGUGUUGUAUUUCCUCUUCAUGAUUGGAGAACUGAUAGGUGGUUAUGUAGCUAACAGUCUGGCCAUAAUGACUGAUGCUCUCCACAUGUUAACUGACCUGAUUGGGAUAGUGGUGUCUCUGCUGGCACUGUGGCUGUCUGCUAAACCACCCACCAACAGAUUCACCUUCGGACUGCAUCGCCUAGAGGUGGUCUCAGCCGGUAUCAGUGUGUUACUCAUCUACAUCCUAACGGGGGUGUUGUUGAACGAGGCGGUGCAGAGAACUGUCAGUCAGGACUUUGAAAUCAACGGAGAUGCCAUGCUCAUCACUGCAGCUGUGGGGGUCGCUGUCAACCUAGUUAUGGGUUUCCUCCUGAACCAGACCGGUAACGGUCACCUCCACACCCACGGGGGUCAUGGUCACUCACACGGGGUUCCCCCUCCACCCUCAAACGGCCAUGGCCACAGCCACGGUGGCCCCCCAGCCCAGGGGCCCCAGGGAAGCCUGGCGGUCAGGGCAGCCUUCAUCCAUGCACUGGGAGACCUGGUCCAGAGUAUAGGGGUCCUCAUAGCUGCCUACAUCGUUCGCUUCAAGCCAGAGUACAAGCUGGCGGACCCCAUCUGUACCUACAUCUUCUCUAUCCUGGUGCUGUUCACAACGAUACGCAUCAUACGAGACACAGGAGUCAUCGUCCUCGAGGGGGCGCCCAGGCAUGUGGACGUUCAGCGAAUCAGAGAAGACCUUCUGAAGUUGGAGGACGUCCAAUCAGUUGACGAGCUCAACGUGUGGGCAUUAACUGGUGACAAGACCUCGGCCCUCGCACACCUGCGGCUCUCGCCCUCUAGUGCCAGUGCGUGGGAGGACGUGCAGGCCAAGGCCAGACACCUGUUGAUCCACACCUACGGCCUGACCAGGUGCACGGUGCAGGUCCAGACACACAGAAACAGGGCUACACGCACCUGUACACACUGCCGAGAGUCCACCACAUAGCCUGAAUUAAAAAUGCACAGUCUGAGGACCGUAAACCAGACUGGUGCCAAAGCGUACUGAUCUGGUCUAUGCAAUCGCCAGGAUAUUUGGACAAUCAGAUGCACAUUUUAUUUUUAAAGGACAGCUGAUUCCUCCUGGGCUGUUGACCUGCUUGCAAAGCUUUCUGAAGAGGGGUUGAGCGAAUCUUAACUUUUCAACAAAAACAAAAGAUCUAUAAUCACCAUUAAAGCCUGUAAAUGUUUAACAUUAUUCCUUUUUUUUGCUACUUCUGUAAUUGAACUGUAAUUGUAAUUGAAUCCAUACAUCUGAUCGUAUUAUUAAUCUGAUGAUCGUGUCCAUGUUUCCUUUGCUAAUAUUUGAAAAUGGCUUCUCCUUUACUGACCGUGUUGAACCAGUAGACAGAAAGGAUGUUUUUAUGUUAAAAGGGUUCUGAAUUUAGAGUACUGACCACACGCACUUUGUUUUCUUUAACAGUUAACUUAUUCUAGCUGAAAUCAGGAAACUGACAAUGAAAGUGACUUUGAAUCAUGUUUAAUACUGUAGUAGGGUAAUACAUGACUACUGCUUCUAGUUAAUAUCAGCCAGUUUUAUUUGCUAAUCAGAUUGUCAACAUUUCAGAAAUGCAGUAUUGUUCCAUAAGCAUGGAGUGAUGUGAGAUGCCAAUAUUUAUCAUAUGCAUUAUUGUGUGCGUAUAUAAAUAUAUUUGGCAUUGUCUUCAGGUCUGGGUUCCUUAAACCACUGUCAGUCUUCCUGUCCAAGCUUAACAUGUUGGUUGGAACAGACUAAAAUGACAUUUUUCUUUAACUGCAAAUCAGUUCAGUAUAUGCAUUACCUGCCUUGUGCUGCUCUUGUUUUGAUUUAUUUUAAAAGGUAUUUUGUUUAUCAUGUUGUCAGGGUUGGCUCUCUACAGCAGCACUCAGUGUUUCAGUGAUUUGCACAUUCAUUCCUUCAACCUGAACACUUCUUAAGGCUCUGCUCCAAUAUCCACACUUGUGUACUACUACGUAGAAUGAAGUAUGGAUACGUCCCAAAUGGCAUACUUUAAGUGGUAAACUAAUAUGGGCAUUAGAACCGAGACUUCUAUUCCCUUAACAUCAGGAUGCAGUAUUGCCUGGUUGUUGAUCAAAUGAUCAGCUGUUUGUUUAAAUGAUUCAUGGUUAUCAAUCUUUGAGUUAAUUUAUCACUAGACUGAGACCUGUCUGAGUCUGUCACUCUCACUUCCCUUUAAUCAACUGGCAGAUUCAUUGACUGGAAACAUGUGAAUGAAGAACCUGUUACAUUUAGAAAUAAAUUUAUUUUGAACACUGA